CCCAGCAUGCUUAGCGGCGAUGAAGUCGGCCAUGUCGUGUUAGAGCGCAGAGCAGAGGAAGAAGCCAGAGUCUGGGCCGCGGUCUCACUUUCAGCCACUUUUAAAGAAGCCUGGAAACUGAAGCUCUGGAAUAUAACUCGUCCGACAGCCUCAUUUGACAGGAGACAGAUUGCGCGGAAGUGAGUUUGGUAAACCGAGGGAAAGAUGAGCGGAGGAGGGACGCCGUACAUCGGCAGCAAAAUUAGCCUAAUCUCCAAGGCCAAGAUUCGCUAUGAAGGAAUUUUGUACACCAUUGAUACCGAGAACUCGACCGUAGCUCUCGCUAAAGUUCGCUCCUUCGGCACUGAAGAUCGGCCCACUGACAGGCCUAUUCCACCUCGAGAGGAAGUGUUUGAGUACAUCAUCUUCCGAGGAAGUGAUAUAAAAGACCUAACUGUGUGUGAGCCACCCAAAUCCACUAGCACCCUGCCUCAGGACCCUGCCAUAGUUCAGUCAUCAGUUGGAUCCACCAAUGCUUCUACUGCAGCACCCCCAACUUCACCAUUCCAGUCUGCUGGCUCCUAUGCUCCAUUCAGCAGGCCCCCUGUCCCACCUUACAGCCAGUUUGGCGUGACACCCCUCGCAGCUCAGCAAUUUGAAUCUGCUGCUGCAGGAGGACGCACUAGUCCCCAGCUGGAUACUUUAACAAAAGUUCCCAACCUGAAGCAAGCAGUGCAGGCCCCACCCUCAACUGCCCCAGCCCCACCUGCACCUGUAGGACAGAGGAGUCAGAUGGGGUUUGCCCCUCCCACUAGACCCACCAGCAGCGCCACUGGCAGCCAAAAACCCCCGGACCUCCUGGAGCAGCGAAGAGGUCCCGAGGCUCUGAAAGUGACACAGCCUGAUAGUGAACAUGGUGCUCUUGAAAACAGGGAUCCCAACAGGCGUCAUGCUGCUGGUGCUCCGUCCAACCGCCGCGGCCGUGGAAGAGGAAACCGCAGCAGAGGCAGAGUGAAUGUGCGCAGGGAUGGCACCAUGAAGUUUGAAGAAGACUUUGACUUUGAGACUGCCAACGCUCAGUUUCAAAAAGAUGAGAUCGACAAAGAGCUUCAGAAUAAGCUCAAACUCAAAGAUGACAAGACUGAAAAGGCCCUGAAUGGAGAGGAAACUGCUGACACAGAACACCCAGUCAACGAGGGGACCACUGAGGAGGAGGAGGCUGUGAUCAACUCAUGUUACUAUGACAAGUCCAAGUCCUUCUUCGAUAACCUGUCCAAUGAUGAUCCAAGUAAAUCGGGUGAAAGAGCAUUUUCAAGGGAUCGAAGGCCAACCUGGGCAGAGGAGAGACGAAUGAAUGCCGAGACGUUUGGCAUUCCCCUCAGGCACAAUCGUGGAAGAGGGGGUUUCCGUGGCCGCGGCUACAUGGGGCCCCGCGGAGGCCGAGGGAGACCAGUGAGCAGAGGUUCCUUCGGGCCACCUCGGGGUGCCCCACCUGGUUUCAGAGGCGGAUUCAGGGGUGGCAGAGGAGGCCGGGAUUUCUCCGAUUUUGAAUACAGGAAGGAUAACAAAGUGGCUGCAUAGUACAAGAGCGAUGGAUCCACAAAGAACUGUAGCCCCUCAUCAAGAAAUGAUUCCAGCUCAAGAAAUUUAUUUGGUCUCUACAUUUGACAGGAAAAAAAUGAAGAAAUCCUCUCAGUCACCAGCACCAGGGUCAAGUAUUUGACUUCAGGGGGUGAGAGUGCAGAAGUUUAGUUUGAUAAACAGCCAUCAGAUGGACAUGAUGUGUAAAUACCGUGCUUUGGAGUAAUGCUGUAUUUUUGCAUCGAUCAAGUUAAUUUCUUAUAGAAGGCAUCUUUGAUAUUGAAAGCUGUAUGCAGAAAGCCCACUGUUACUGUGAGCAGAUCACAGUUCGUGUGAUCGAUAGCUUUAUUUUUCAUUUUUCUUUCAGGUCUCUUAUAUAAUAUUUGUUGGCACCAAAUUUCAUUGCAUCGCCUGUUGCGCCAUCGUUCUCCGCUCAGAUUUAGGUGGGUUGCCAUGUGUUCAGUGUUUUGUCCAUUUUGCAGGACUUUGUUUUUACAUCCGUUUAUUCUCGAUGAAUUAGUGAGGUCAAAACCAACUGAAAGAAAAAUCAAAACCGAGAUCCGUAAUGAAUACAUGAUUGUAUAUCUAGCUCCUCUUAUAUUUAGUGCCCUCCAGCAAAUCAUGGUUUGACAGACAGACACACUUCUACUUUUUAGAGGCGUGCUCAGUAGAUAGAAUCAUUGGAUGAUGCUUUGACCCUUUAGACCUCCAACAUUCAAUGAAUUGUUUUCUGUUUUUGUAGUUGCUCUUCUGCAGGAAACUAACAGGAACCAGUCAUUUGAAUGAUGUACAAGGUUUACCAGUAAUAGCUUUAGAAUUAUCUGUUAACUGUAGAUUUUUUUUGAGCAGGUUUGUUUAUAUAGUUGACUAAGGAACGAGCAUUCCCAUGAUUUGUGUCUGAAAAGAAAGUCAUCCAUUGCUAUUAACGCCUUUAGGACUUGUAAGGAAAGAAAGUCAUCGAGAUUAUUAUUCCAAAUUUGGACACGUUAGAUAUGGAUAAAAAAAAAAUCCCAACUUUUGCCAAAAAUAAUAUGAGGGUUAAGAUACAAAAUAUUAUCAGCUGUUAUGUCAUAGUUUCUCUUUAACCCUCUUAAAGGAGAAUUCGGGUAUUUUUCAAUCUCGUCCCAAUGUUUAUAACUGUGGGUGUGUAAUAUAUUGUUUUUUACAAAAAGAAGUUUGCAGGCACAGCGACAGUAGCUGCAAUAUCAUCUUAUGGGCCAACUGCCAAAAAUGUUAACCAUACGUUGUUUUUCUCACCAAUAAAAGGCUCAAAUUGUUAUUCUGGCUCUUUUCCAAGAGUCUUGCAACAUUACACAUCUCGCUGAACGAGAAGGUUCAUUCCUAACUGCAGCAGCUCGUCAUCCCUCUGCUUGUCUCUCUCUCUCUCCCCUCGUUCACUAUUCAAUUUGGAUUGAAUCAUUUAGUCCUGCAAUAACAAGCAGGGACGGGCAUCGAAGUCAGAUGCUUCAUCAGCUCCGUCUUCCUGCAACAACCCGUGUCUCAGUGCGACAUCUCGUUGACCCAGACGUGUAAUGUUGCUAGACUCUAAGCAAAGACACAGGAAAAUAAUUUGAUAAGAAACUUUUAGUGGACAUUUUAUGGACUCGCAAUUUCCCAAUAAGAUUAUAUUGAAGCUACAGCCGCUGAGGCAAUCCACUAAAUGCCAUUCAGAUUGCACAUCCACACUUUUAAACAGGGCCCAAGUUGACAAAUCCAAGAAUUCCUCUUUAACCUCUCUAUGUCCAAACAUAAUGAGCCAUCAUCUUGUUUUUUUAUUGACAGCAUCCUUUGUCUUACAGUUGGGUCUUCUGCAAUGUUUUUGUUGUGUGUACAGUCAGUUGUUUUCCACUGCAACACUAAGUACCUGCAGUAUGUUGUGAGGAUCGUUUACUCAAAGUGGGGAAUCUUGUAAAUGGAUUGAGAGAUGUCUCGGUACAGAUGGCAGCAGAUCUCUGGCUUGUUUGUAGCUCCUCUUGUUGCAUUGUUGUCAAUGUGAUUGUUCUCUGGAGUGAACUUAUUCUUUUUUACAAACAUGUGAACAAAGGGACAAGAACUGGACGAGGGGCCAGUGCGUAGGGGGGGGGGCGGGGGGAUCAUUCUUUUUGGCUCUGAUUUGAUAGUACUUCGGGGAGUGUCUUCACAGUCGUCAAUUUUUACAGCUGUCCCUUUAACUUAAAGGUUACACUCUGACUAAAGUAAUGAUAGCACUACACGCUGAGACGAGAAUCUUAUGUAGCUGUGGCUGUUUCAAACACAGCAGCCCAGUUGAAUCUGUGCUGUUUGACUGGAUAUUGCAGAUCACUGCAUGAUAGCCUUAGGAGCCACCACUUUAUAUGGGCUUUCGCAAUAACCAGCAAGAUUGAAUUUGGAGACAAUAAGUAUUACUGAGCAAUUAAAAAACUGACAUGUUUCAUAUGUUUGUUACUCCUUCCACUCACUGGAAUUGUAAACCAGGAAUCGUUUUCUUGAGAAUAUCAGCAAAAUUGAGUUUUUACAUCAAAUAAAGAGUUCAAUACAAA